CCGCAGCAUUAGUGUUCCCACUGAAACAAGGAACUUGCAAACAUUCAGCACCUCCUAAAACAGCGGAGAGUGGCCACUUUUUGCUGCUCUGUAUACCCAGGCUUCAAGAAAGAUCAAGGUAAAGCUGGCAUCAUGGGACUGUUGUCAGACCCAAACAGAAGACGGGCUUUGAUCAGCAUGUUGACCCGCCUCAAUGCUCCAAUCUGUGUGCUGUGCUACUGUGCCGGUGUGUGCUGGUUCAUGGGACUGGCAUUUGAGCCCUUCACCUUGCGGACAUACAUGUCAGAGAAUGCCAUGGGGUCCACCAUGGUGGAGGAGCGGUUCCCUGCUGGGGAGAGGGCCCUGGCCACAGCUAGAGAGUUUGCAGCUCACAAGAAGAAAGUUGGUGGGAUGCCRGUGGAUUGGUUGGUGAGAACCAUGCAGGCUCGAGGGUUGGAAGUGUUCACCCAGAGCUUCUCUCGCACACUACCGUUCCCCGAUGAAAAUAAGGAGAGAUAUAUUGUGAAAGGCACAAAUGUCUAUGGUAUCCUUCGGGCCCCUAGAGCUCCCCGGACUGAGGCCCUGGUGCUCACUGCUCCCUGCAGUCCAGGUGACAACAACAACCAGGCGGUGGGGCUGCUGCUUGGCUUGGCACAUUACUUUCGAAAUCAGGUUUACUGGGCCAAGGACAUCAUCUUUCUUGUGAAUGAGCAUGAUUUGAUCGGCAUGCAGGCCUGGCUGGAGGGUUACCACCACACCAACACUACAGGAAUGGAAUGGUCUCCGUUACAAGGCCGYGGCGGUUCAAUCCAGGCAGCCCUGUCUUUGGAGCUCAGCAGUGAUGUYGUCACCAGUUUGGACAUAGUGCUGGAAGGCCUCAACGGCCAGCUACCCAACCUGGAUUUAGCAAAUCUCUUCUAUGCUUUCUGUCAGAAGAUCGGAGUUGUUUGCACCAUCCAGGGCAGGCUGCAAAGGAAUGACUGGGACAGUGUGCCAGGCUACAGCCAUGCGGUCCAGACCAUGAUGCUGAUGGUGAUGAAGCAGGCCAGCGGGCGGCCCUGGGGAGACCACGGCCUCUUCUUACGCUACCACAUAGAGGCCGCCACCAUCAGUGGCAUCAACAGCUUCCGUCAGUAUAAAACUGACGCUACCACCGUAGGCAGACUGCUAGAAGGAAUGUAUCGCAAGCUGAACAACCUCCUGGAGCGCCUUCACCAGUCUUACUUCUUCUACCUCAUGCCAUCGCUAACCCACUUUGUCUCGAUCGGAUACUACAUGCCGGCCUUCGGCCUCCUUGCCGUUAUUCUGCUGCUUCGUGCUUUGGACUUAUGGGUUCAGCUUUCAAYGCCACCAGCCAGAACUGAGGAUGGCAUUGCAGAUGUUGAGCAGGUUAGACACAAAACACUGAUCAGUCCAGUCGGGGUGCGGUCGGUGUUGACUCCUCUGGUGAUCAGCCACCUGACYGGAGCAGCUUUGUACUUGCUGCCAGUCCGUUUCCAGGAGAUGGCCAUCGAACACUUCCCCGUUUCUGAAACUGAAGCGGUCGUCCUGACGGCUAUUGCCGUUUAUACAGCCGGCCUGGCUUUGCCUCAUAACACACACAGGUUGAUUUCUGGUGAGGGGACUGAGCAGGGCUGGAAGGUGUUAAAGCUCGUCGCUGUGCUGUACCUGGCUGUGCUGCUGGGCUGCACGGCCCUCAUCAACUUCUCCUUGGGCUUCAUCCUGGCUCUCACCCUGGUGCCUGUGGCUGCUUUUGUCACACCACACGUGCCUAAGGUUCUGUCAGCUGUUGCCUUCGUCAUCCUCAGCCCAGCAUGCACACUUCUCUUCUCGGUCUUUUUCUUCCGAGAGCUCCAGGAUACGCCCGUCAGUGCCCAAGACGGCUGGGUGCUUUACCUUUCAGUCAUUUCGCAGGGUAUUCUGGACCACUAUUUGUUUGGGUCUCUGGUCUACCCACUCAUUUCCUUGGUGGUGUAUCCCUGUUGGCUGCUUUUUUGGAACAUCCUCUUCUGGAAGUAAGAUGCAGGUUCACCAAAGACUCGAGCGCACACACACCCUCUGAGAUGAGCUCAGGCUUAUUUGUUGAGGGAAACCUAAAGGAGGAGUGCUUAAACCUACUGAAGUGUUUGGUAAGGAACGGUUCUUAUGGAGAGAAUCACUCCCUUUUUGUACAUUUUCUUGGUAUAACUUUUACUAAUUACAUGCGCAUUGAGGGGCAAUUUGAACA